UACACAGCAAGCAGCAGCGUCUGCAGUGUGGAGCUCAUCCAAGUCAAGCUAUAUGGCUCUGUGGCCGAAAAGAAAGAGAAAAACCUGAGAAAAUUGACAUUUUUUCUUAGAAUAUUCCUCCCCAUUCCUCUGCUCUGUAUUUAUUCCCCUGUACUCUGGCACUAAGAGGCCGUCGUAGCCGCCGCGGCAGCACGGUCCUUGUUCCUGACACCAUCCUCUCCCACCUGUUGAGCAGCCGAAAGCGAUAGGGGCUCUGCUCGCUUCUCCACCCAUUCGACAUGACGGAAAAGAGUUCCGGGUUCUUUCAACCGACAGCUCGUCACUACUUGGUUGCACCAGCGGAACACAAGGCUGUAUGAUGGCUCUUCUACUGGACAACCAGUUCCAGCAGUUACCUGCAGAUAACUCAGUGGACACAAAGUUGUUUCUCGACUCUGUGUCUCAUAUUCCGUCUUUUUUCGACUGCUUAGGCUCUAAAGUGUUUACACUCAUCAAAUCAGACAUUAACGGCAAUAUAACGAAAAUUAAGGGAGUAUAUGUCAAAGACCCUGCCAAGUAUGCCACCCUCCAGCAGAUUUUGGAGGCAGAGCGGGAGGCACACGGGGAAGAAUGGCCUAAAGUUGGAGCAACCUUGGCUCUCAUGUGGCUGAAGAGGGGUCUCCGUUUCAUCCAGGUCCUGCUGCAGAGUUUGGCAGAUGGGGAGAAAGAUGAGAACAACCCUAAUCUUAUUCGCGUCAAUGUCACCAAAGCUUACGAAGAGGCACUGAAGAAAUAUCAUGGCUGGGUUGUUCAAAAGAUUUUCAAAGCAGCCUUAAUUGCUGCACCGUACAAAUCAGACUUCCUCAAGGCUCUGUCCAAGGGAGAGGACGUCAGUGAGGAGGACUGUUUGGCUAAUGUGCGUCAGUUCCUGGUCAAUUACACAGCCACAGUGGAUGCCAUCUACAAGAUGUACACAACUCUAAAUGCAGAGCUGGACUACACUGUUUGAUGUCAGGAGACAGAAGUGGACUGCAGCAUCCUACACAAACCUCUGUAAUCCCUCUCAGGUGAAAGUGUUCUGUUGAAGGAUUUUUCGGUCAGUACUGGUGCACUAACAUGCAUUCAUUAAUGUGAGUCAUGAAGAACACAGCCAUGCAUUAAUGUUUACCACAUCAGAAACUAAUAAGGAGUCUGUCUGAUUAACAGAUAGAUUCAUAUAGCGAGUGCUGGUCAUAGUCUGCCAAUAUGGAUUAAUUCGCUGACGACAUGUAGCAUUAACUAAUACUGUAAAUUCAUGUGUUUAUUACCACAAUGAGUUCAAGCCGUCGAUUUCAGCUAAUAGUAAAAUGUACUUCACAGUGAGUUAAUAGUUGUAUUUCACUAAAUAAAGUCAUAACAUAAUGAUAUCUUCACAAAUCAUUUCAGGGUUCUAACUCAGUUUUACUGUGAACUGUUGGCUGUACUGGUCAGCACCUGCUUUAAUGAAUCAUAAUGAUUUGCAAAGAUAUCAUUAUGUAAUGCUUUUUCUUGUUGAGACACGACUGUUAAUUCUCUAUUAACUCAUUAUCAAGUAUAUAUGGUUAUGAUUAUUGGUUUUUAUGCUAAUGUUUUAUUUUUUAGUGAUUUGGUUUAGUGACUUACAGCUGUUGGCAGAAGCCAGCUGCAUGCUGUCAGUGUCCUGCCUUUGAAUCUGAGACUGCAGCUUCAACUCCGAUCAUUCCUGUUCCAUGAACAAUAAGCCAUCAGGUACUGAACAGAUGCACCAGCUCAUCUUGUACAAUGGCUUCCACCCAUUGUGGUAAUUAACAUGAAUUUACAUUAUUAAUUCAUACUGGAUGCUGACAGAGAAUUAAUCCAUGAUUGCAGACUUAAUUAAUAGCAAUUCCUGUAUGAGUCAGUGUGUUAAUCAGACAAACUCUGUAUGAGUUGCUGAUGUGGUAAACAUUAAUGCAUGGUUUAUGAGUCAUGCAUUAACUCAUAAUGAUCUGUGCAUUAGUUAGGCACUGAUGAAUGCAUAUUAGUGCACCAGUAUUGCAAAAUUUUACCAAAUUUUUUUUAUUCCUUUCACUGCGGUAUUUAUUGAUUUAACCAUGUUCUCCUUUAACAAAUGUUAAUAUGCAUGUUCAUAAAAAUAUAUUGGUGGGCAUAGCAGCAGGAGAAUUUUUUUUUAAAGCUUUCUAAUGUCAGUAUGUUAAAAUACAGAUAAACUGCAGGACUGUCACAUGUGUGGUAUGGCUCUUGCCCAUGUGCAGGGUUAUCCUCCAGGUGGCUUUCAGAUGUUGUGUUGGUGGAACUAAAUGGUUUUGUAACAGGUUACGCGUUUAGGACAUGAAAGCUUUACUGAUAAUGCUGACAAAGCUUCAAAUCAGAUGUCCUGAGCUUGGAUAUACAGUGACACAAGACUACCUCCACUGUACACGUGGGAGCAAGAACCCCUGUAACUGAAAAUAUUAAUAUCCAGGGAGCUGCCUUUUAAUUACUGGAAUCAAAUUAGUGCCUUGUAAUUUCAACACUGUGUUAUGGCAUUCACCAGCUGAACAAAUCAAUGUUUAGUUUAGUCUUGUGUUUUUCCCGUCUUUACAUUAGUUCAUCUGGAUUCAUCAUGUAAAGUCUGUCAGCCUCCAUUAGUGGAAAUGAUAUAAUUAGCAGCCAGUCUGUUUCAACUACAAUGCAAAAGUGACCUUUAGAGGGCUUUACUGGUGUGCAGUCUCCAGCAUGCUUGUGUGUGUGUUCACCAGGAGGGGCUUUAAGAUUUUGGUGUGGUUGUGCCCCCCUGUACAAACCUUCCUGUAUAAACCUUCCCUCUUAAGUAUGAAGCAUGUCAUGUUGAUUCCAUUUGUCAGUUCAUUAAUUAUGAGGCAGAGAUGACUUUUCCUGUAUGUCUACUUCUUGUCAGUCUAUGUGUUUGUGAAUACUUGAUAAACACUGAUCAUUCUUUUUUCAACUUUUAUGAUUAAAAAAAUGUUUUAAGUUACAUUUAAAUUAAUCAAAUCUAACAAAUAAACUAAUU